CAACACGAGAAGAGGAUAGGCGCAAAUACGCUGUCGUUUAAUACUAACCCUUUAGGUCAUUUCUGUCUUCAACCGCAUCCUGUCCCGACUACAACACUGCCCUUUCUCUCCGUGUCAAGCUCGAUAGCCAUGGCUUUUCUCGCACGCGGAGCCGCAUCUCUAACCCGUAUCACUGCAACCGCUUCCAAAUCUCCGAUUCAACUCGUCCACCGCCGCGGCCUUGCCGGAGCUGCAGAUCCCCAUGCCACCCCUAGAGUUGACAUCUGGAAAGACCCAUUGAGUCCUUCAAAAUGGAAGGAAGAGCACUUUGUGAUUGCCUCUUUAACUGGCUGGGGAGUACUCAUCUAUGGGGGAUGUAAGUUAUUUUCCGGAGGCAAGAAAGAAGAGAAAUUACCUGAAGCGGCUGGUAGAUAUGGCAAUUCUUAUGUAAGGAAAAGACACAAAAGGAAGGAGAGAGAAAAUGAUAAUUGUUAGUUUUGCUGCACAUGGGUUAUUACAGCUGGCUCACAGCUGGCAGCCUGUGAGUGGAGGAAGGGUCCUAGGAAUCAGAAUAAAUGAUUGGAGCUGGUGGUGGUUAGGGUACGCAGAAAUUAGUAGUGGAUAUCCCACUUGGGAGAGACAAGGCCUCUCUAAGAGCCUCUUUUACUUUUUCUAUCUUUCUGCCAAUUUUCUACAGCAUACUACUUUUGUUUGUAACCCUAGAUCCCAUUUGAACUCUAGAGAAAUUCAAAUAAAAGUCAGUCUUUUCCUA